CGUGACUGACCAACACAUCACUGACCUCCACUCUCUGUGCUCCAAAGUCAAUAAUGACUUGGUCUGUCUCUCUCUCUCUCUCAUCCUCCUCCUCUCGCUACACAACCAUACAUAUCAGAGAGGUGAGAGAUCAAGAGUGCAGAGGAGAGAGAGAGAGUGGAGAAAAUGAAGCCAUUGUUGUCAAUCGUCUUCUUGUUCUAUCUCUUUUUCAUUGUUCGCUCACUAGACAUUUCACCUGGUUCAACCCUCUCAGCUUCCAAUCGAAACCAGUCAUGGCAAUCCCCAAACAACACCUUCUCUGUAGGUUUCAUCGCCGAUGGCUCCGCAUACUUCGCCGCCGUCACCUACAACGGCAUCCCAGUCUGGAAAGCCGGCGGUGAUUCCGGCGCCGCCGAUUCCUCAGCCUCCUUCCAGUUCCUCAGCAACGGCAACCUCCGCCUCGCCAAUUCCUCCGGCGCCGUCGUCUGGCAGUCCAACACCACCGGCCGCGGCGUCUCCUCCGCCGCCCUCGACGACUCAGGUAACUUCGUCCUCCGAAAUUCCACCGGUGUGGUCUGGUCCACCUUUGAUAACCCUACUGAUACUCUCUUGCCUAAUCAAAAUUUCACUAGUAGCCAAAAAUUGGAAUCUGGGUUGUACUCUUUUAGACUUUUAAGAUCUGGAAAUUUGACCCUUCGAUGGAAUGACUCGAUUGAGUAUUGGAAUUCGGGUGUGAAUUCGUCGACUAACAUAAAUUUUACAUCACCCAUUUUACGACUUCAAACAAUUGGGUUGUUAUCAGUCAUAGAUCCAUCAUCUUCUGCCCCUGUGAUCAUGGCUUAUGGCAGUGAUUAUGCUGAAGGGACUGAUAUACUUAGGUUCUUGAAGUUAGACAGUGAUGGGAAUUUGAGGAUUUAUAGCUCUCCUAAGGGUAGUGGACCAAAUCCAACUGAGAGAUGGGCUGCUGUUAGUGAUCAGUGUCAAGUUUUUGGGUAUUGUGGGGAUUUGGGUAUCUGUAGUUACAACGAUACGAGUCCAAUUUGUAUAUGUCCUUCGGAGAAUUUUGUACCGAUUGAUCCGAAUGAUAGUAGGAAAGGGUGUAAGAGGAAGGUGGAGAUUCAAAAUUGUCCUGGUAGUGCAACUAUGUUGGAGUUGGAUCAUGCAACGUUCUUGACAUACCCUCCUGAGUUGGUUUCCCAAGUUUUUUUUGUUGGUAUAUCGGCUUGUAGGUUGAAUUGUCUUGUGAGUGGCUCUUGCAUUGCCUCUACCUCAUUGUCAGAUGGGACAGGGUUGUGUUACUUGAAAGUCCCUGAAUUCAUAAGUGGGUAUCAAUCGCCUGCUCUUCCAAGCAUUUCGUAUUUGAAAGUUUGUGGCCCCAUAGUGCCAAACCCUUCUGCAUCUUCGCUGGGAAAUGGAAAGGGCAAUGGUUGGAAGCUGCACGCUUGGAUUGUUGCUGUUGUAGUUAUAGUCACCAUUUUGGGUUUGGUCACAUUGGAGGGGGGUUUGUGGUGGUGGUGCUGUAGAAACAGCCCCAAAUUUGGGAGUUUGUCUGCUCAAUAUGCUCUUCUUGAGUACGCUUCUGGCGCUCCAGUCCAGUUCUCAUAUAAAGAACUACAACGUGCCACGAAGGGUUUCAAGGAGAAGCUUGGAACUGGAGGAUUUGGGGCUGUUUACAGAGGCGUUCUUGCUAAUAAAACUAUUGUUGCAGUGAAGCAGCUUGAGGGAAUUGAGCAGGGUGAGAAACAGUUUAGAAUGGAGGUUGCAACUAUAAGUAGUACCCACCAUUUAAAUCUUGUGAGAUUGAUAGGGUUCUGUUCUGAAGGUCGUCACAGGCUUCUGGUAUAUGAGUUCAUGAAAAAUGGAUCCCUCGAUAAUUUCCUCUUUACAGCAGAACAACAGUCUGAGAAAUUCUUGAAUUGGGAGUAUAGGUUUAAAAUAGCUCUAGGGACUGCCAGGGGUAUCACGUACCUUCACGAGGAGUGUCGAGACUGCAUUGUGCACUGCGACAUAAAGCCAGAAAACAUUCUCUUGGAUGAGAAUUACAACGCCAAAGUAUCGGAUUUUGGCCUUGCAAAACUCAUAAAUCCCAAGGACCAUAGAUACCGAACAUUGACGAGUGUUAGGGGGACCAGAGGAUAUUUGGCACCAGAAUGGAUUGCAAACCUUCCAAUUACAUCAAAAUCUGAUAUUUACAGCUAUGGUAUGGUUUUGUUGGAGGUAGUGAGUGGGAGAAGGAAUUUUGAAGUCUCUCCGGAAACAAAUGGGAAAAAGUUCUCUAUAUGGGCUUACGAUGAGUUUGAGAAAGGAAAUGUGAAGGGAGUUGUUGACAAAAGGCUUGUUGAUCAUGAGAUGGAUAUGGAACAAGUGAUUAGGGCAAUUCAGGUAAGCUUUUGGUGCAUCCAAGAGCAACCAUCUCAGAGACCAAUGAUGGGAAAAGUGGUGCAGAUGCUAGAAGGUAUAACCGAGAUUGAAAAGCCACCAGCCCCCAAGGCUGUGGUGGAAACGUCGUCGGUUGGUGGAACGAGUGUCAAUGUAAGCAGUACCGUCAGCGCUUUCUCCAACUUAGCAGCUUCAGCCCCAGCUCCAUCUUCAUCUUCGUCACUCCAAACACAACGAAUUUCGUCCUUUGUUUCAGGAAAGAAUUUGGAGAAGGCAUCAUCAAUUUCUUCACCCCAUGCUUCAGGAAGGAAUAUGGAGAGGGCAUCGUCAUCUCUUUUAAGGUCUGAACGCGAUUAUCACACUCUUUGAUGUGCAAGACCCAUUUUGAAGAGGCACAAACUGGAAGGUGAUGAUGAGCUUUGUUCAUUUGUAUAAUAUAACGUAGUUUUGAUACUGUAACUGUAUCUCAUUCUCAGUACUGUCAUGUAGUAGACAAUUUUUUUCAAGAUGGGGGCUUCGUCAUCACAGUUAAGCUAUUUGUACAAGUCCCACUGGUUAUUUCAGUAGAGGAAUUGUAAUAUCUUAAUAAUGCACAUAAUUAUUGAUUGCUUCUUUUUCCAAUAAUUGUACAAUCCUUCGUUAUCAUUAAUGAAGUUCUGAAAUGGAUUGAAGGAUUGAGAGACGAA